GCAAACAUGAAGCAAAAAAUAGUAAUAGAGGUCACAAUGGAGAAUGAGAAAUGGAGAAGCAAGGCUCUCAAAAUUGCUUCAGAGGAAAAAGGCGUGACUUCGGUAUCAGUGAAUGGUGAUAACAAAUUGGAAGUGAUUGGUGACAACGUGAACACGGUUUGCCUUGCUAAGCAGCUCAGCAAGAAGUUUUGCCCAGUCACAAUCCUCUCUGUGGAAGUACUGAAACCAAUCAAAGAAAAAGAAAAAGAAAAAGAAAAAGAAAAAGAAGUAGCACCACCACCAGAAAACCCUCCUCGUGGUGAUGAUGACGGUUGUGGUUCCGGCGGCGGUGACGGCAACAUCCCUUUUAUACCGGGACGGUAUUAUCCACCGUGUGAUCGGAUGGUGGUUGUCGUCUGUGAUUCAUACAAUGACUGUUAUGAACCAGGUUGCACUAUCUUCUGAUGAUGGAUGGAUAUUCACCACCACGCCAAUAAUAUAGUGUGGAAAAGUCUAGUGGGUCAGUAACUUUUUGUGUUUUUUAACCAGCAUUUAAUCAUCAAAAUA